ACUCCGGCCUGGUUGGACGCAAGAGCACUGUCUCUGCUGUUUCCACUCAUAUUACAUUUAUUUUCAAGCCAAGCAGCUCUUGAAAACGCCAAGAAAGCGGCCCAGAUCGCCGAGACUUUCAUCUCCACAAAGUAAUCGUCCUAAUAUCGCAUGUCCUCUAUUCAGAACCUCCAAACUUUCGAUCCCUUUGCUGAUGCAACCAAGGGUGACGACUUACUCCCGGCAGGGACUGAAGAUAAAAUCCACAUAAGGAUUCAGCAGCGGAACGGGCGGAAAACGCUUACCACUGUGCAGGGCAUCGCCAAUGAUUACGACAAGAAGAAACUGGUGAAAGCCUUCAAAAAGAAAUUUGCCUGCAAUGGCACUGUGAUUGAGCACCCGGAGUACGGGGAGGUCAUCCAGCUGCAGGGGGACCAGAGGAAAAACAUCUGCCAGUUCCUUCUGGAGAUCAACAUUGUGAAGGAGGAACAGCUGAAGGUGCACGGCUUCUAGAGUGAUGCCAUGGGGUUCAGGACCCAGGGCUCUGCCACACAUCCUACCAUUAUCCCCCUCCCCUCCCCUCGCUUUCACGCUGACAAUGCGUUGACAACUUAAGUUUAGCAACAUGUCUGAUGCACCACUCCUAACGGCAAUAAAUGUGCAAUGGCGUGCAAUGUUUUAAUGCAAAAACAACAACAACAACUCCAAUCUCUGGCUCUCAUUCCCCCAGUCCAUCCCCUCUCCUCUCCUCCACUCUGAGCUGAAACAGGAGAGGGGAUGGCACUUUGGGUAUGGCGCUAGUCUCCAGCUGCUCCACCAUGGUGGCUUGAAACCCUAGUCAUAUUUCAUAGUGAAUCCACUCACCGUAAGCACCCACAGUGAUUGCGGUGAGGUCUUUUUAAUUUAUUAGUCUUCAGUGGGAGCAACAGCUCAUCGUUCAUGACAAAUUCUGCUGCUGUGCAUAUGGACACAAGUGUCUGCCACUUGUUAAGCCAGGCAUUUUAAGAGGAUGAAAAUCCACUUUUAGUCUGUGGGUGAAUGUGAUUUGGUUUGGUUUGGUUUUUCGACGAAAAGGGCGCAACCUUAAUCGGCAAUUUGAUACAAGUGGGUGUAAUGACUCCUCUUAUCUAUGCAAUAUAUGGUGCAUCAUAUUUUGCUGGCUGCUUUUUCUAUUCCAUCAUUGAUGUUGGUUACAACCAGAGACCUCUUGGAAAUGCUUGAUCAGGUGUCUGUGGCUCUGCGGCUCUCUCCUCUGGACUGCCUGCACUUGUUUGCGAACACUGUGAGGCCACGUUCAUUGAGCAGGAGUCCCAGGGUAAUGAGAUUAUGCCAGCGGUCGGCCUGCGCCCAGGAGAAAGUGAGGGCAAGCUUCCAGGGAUCUUGUAACACCAACUCGCAUGUGCUGCGCUCCAUUCUGCACCUGUCAGGUUUUUUGUAGGAUCAGAGGUAGUGGACACGCCGACGUGGCCAUAGCUGUUCAUAUCCCAUUCUGAGCAGACAAACAAAACAAACCAUCACUUACGGUAAAUUGGUUGGGGAGGAGCAGUGGUUGAAGAGUACUGUAUUUUGCAACCCGUGUGGCAUGAUUGUGGAUAGGAAAACCACAUGAAAAUACACUGCUCUUUCCUAUCCAGGGAACGAUGCAAUGAAUCGUAACCGUACCAUGGACCAAAUUGUGCAAUAUUGUUGCCGUUGUGGACGUGACCUUACAGUUGUGCAAUAACUAAAACCGAUUCCUUGCAAAAGAUACACUUAUGAAAAUGAUCCAGCUGCCUCAUUGAAAAUGGAAGGUGAUCUGUUUUCUUAGGUUCUGUCUAAGUUGACGGUGAUAUUCCAGGGGAAGUAUCAGGGCAUUCCAGGACCUUGUUGACCUUCAUGUUGUGCCUAAUCUGCAUCAGUCAGCCAUGUCACCCUCUCUGGUGGUUAGAUUCUUACUGAGGACUGUUACAUGAGGGGGAAAGUAGUGCAAGUUUCAUACAGACUGUGUUCAAUUGUCAAAUGUUUUCAGGUCAUCAUUUUUAUUCGCCCUCUGCAGAAUUGGAUUUAAUCGAGACUUUAUCUGAAUUAUUAAUAAUGGAACACUGUCUAUGAACCAAAUUAUAGAUAGUUUUUUUUCUUCAGGUUUUUUGUGGCAUUUUUACCUUCAAUGCUAAUGUUAUACUGUUUAAGCCUAGCAAUAACUUGGAUUAUGUUCCAACAUCCGUAACGGUUUCUCUCUCAGACAGUGGUUGCUAAACUUUUGCGUCAUGCUUUGUUUUCUGACUUUCAAAUGACGAAAUGAUCAAUGUGAUAUUCCUCCUUUGACCUUUUCAAGUGCAUGAGAGUGCUUUUUUUUGUUUUGUUUUAUGCCACAACAGUUUAAUACUUGAGCAUCAUGUUGUUAAACGUUAGUGCUGAAUAAAUAAACCAGGUAACUGAG